AUGUCCUCGAUUACAAACUGUAGCUGGCCAGACUCUCUUUCCGACGACGUCACAGCAUCCACAGGAGACCUCAACAAGGACAAGCCAGUUCCUCAUCUCGACUAUGUCCCUCCUAUAGCAACAGUCAAGGUCAAAGCCUUCUCAGAGCCUUGGCCGGGCGAUAACCCCACGAACUCUCAAAGAACAGAGUAUGUCAACGCCUACCUCGCUUGGGCACGGCACGAAGACCCAGCGCUACAACUGGCAGUACGAAACCAAGCUCGGGCGAGAAUUAUUAGGGCUCUCCCGAUGAUCCAAGCCAAAGAUUGGACCGAGGCCGAGACUGAUCACUUGCAUUAUCUCAUCGACGAAGAAUAUUGGCGUCUCUGCCCAAGCCUUUGUGGCCUUGGACACAUCCUGAUCCCGUAUUCUUUACCUUCAAUGAAAGCUCCCGCUGCUUCAUUCAUCGUCCCCUCCAAAAACCCCCGAGAGUCCCGGAUAGUACACCAUCAGAAAUGCCGUCUCUCUACCAAUUUAAUGUCAAUAGAAAUAGCGACAUUCACGAUGCAGAGCCAAAUGUCCCGGCGACAGGUCGUGGUCUUCCUCGAGCGCUGCAUUGGCUGGCCAAUUCUGGCUUAG